AUGGCUGCUCUACUCUGUGAGAAUUGCUCCAGUCGGUACCACCAGCCCCAGCUCCACCAGCCCCUGGAGAUCAGCCUCAUGCUGCUUCUGGUCGUGUUUGGAAAAGUGUGCCUGGAUUUCUUCAUGCUGCAAGUUAAGCACAAGAAAGUGAAAGUUAGUUUUAUGGGAUAUUUUUGUGUCUCUUUGGCACUUCUUGAUUUCAUACUGCUGCUGAACAUAGCUGUCAUCCUCUGUUUGGAGGAUUUUGCACUCUGGGGUGUCAGAUUUACCAAGUACCACAUCUGCCUGUUUACUCAGAUCAUUUCUCUCACAUACGGUACUUUGCAUUACCCGGUGUAUCUAGUGGCAGGUCUGGAUUAUUACAUGACUAUAGCCCAAACCUCUCAAUUCCCCCGAAGAGGUCGAAGACUAUUUUACAUCUUUGUUGUGGUUUUCAUAUGGAUCUCAGGCUUUUUUUGUGUUCUGCAAGUUCCUGCCAUCUAUGAAGAACUAGAAGUUCGGAACCAUUUCUCUCCUUAUCAGUGUCCCCUCUACAUCAGCAUGCAGAGCUACUCGGUCUCAGUUGCCAUGCUGGUUCUCAUAGGCAUGGCUCUCGUGGUUUGCUGGAAGGAAAUGAUCACCAUGCUGCUGUCUGUGAGGGUGGCCUCCUUUGCCAGCCAGCCCGUCCUGAUGUUCUCCUAUGUGCCCAACAACAACAGCACUUGUUUCAAGCGGCAGCUUCUGACCAGACUCCUCAUCUGCUUCCUUGGCACUUGGGCACCUUUUGUUCUUCUCCAGUUUAUCAUCUUGUUUCUUGGUGCUUGGAUUCCAGCCUACAUGGAGAUGAACGUCCCUUGGCUGUACUUCAUCAACAGCUUUCUUAUUGCAGUAGCAUACUGGUGUCGAUGUCACGACGUUGAAUUGACAGAGGAGAUGUGGUCUACAGAUCCAUUUGUCAGCUGGAAAUUCUGCUUUAUGCCAUUUAACAAUGAAAACACAGAGCCAGCUGAAAAGCUAGGCACAGUAAUUGUGAUCUGUUAACGAGCUGCUGACUGAAAAGACUGCUAGGGCUGUGUGUACUUUGAUGCUCUGUGACCACGUCCUUACAGAUGAUACAAGGAAGCAUCUUCAGAGCUACAAUCCACAGGAAGAAAAUCCAACAUUAAGCACAGUAAGGAACAGUGCACCAGAAUGUGCCACACUUCUACCCUGGGCUUUAUUUCCAUUUCUGAGUAUUUAAGAGAAGGCCACUAUUUACAUAAAAUAAGUUCUUGGUUAAAGCUGGUGUUUAUUACUACAAUUUUACAAUUGUUUUAAAAUUGAAUGAUCUCAGGCUUUAUAGUGUAAAAUGCAUCAGCCUUUAAUGGGCUGAAGCCUUUUAUUAUCAGUUACAUUGAGGUGACCUACUGUCAAGUUCAAACUGCUGUGGUUUUUUUUUGUUUUUUUUUUUUAAAGUGUAUUUUCUUGUUAAACAUUUUGUUAGUUUAUGUUUUUUUGCAUGGUUAACGAGGAAUACAUUGUUUUAGUUAAAGCUAUACCUCCUACAGAACCAUAAACUUUGUUUACGGAAACGAUUGCAAGAUGUGUACUGGCACAGCUAUGAGAAAGGCAGUGUUUUGUUAUUUCCUUGUUACUGUUCCUCCAAGGUAUGUAUGUGCACAUUAAAAACUACUGAAUUACAGUCACAGCAAUAAGAGCUUUAAUACAAAAGAAACACAAACAUGCUCAAUUUGAACAGUUAGACCAGACCCCCUGUGCUAAGCAGAUGCAUCUA